CUGCGCGGGCGGCGUCUCGGCCGGGUCUCGCCGCGGCCGGGCGGCUGCUGAGCCGGGGGCCCCGGCCCCGGCCGCCCCCUAUGCCCCUGCGCCGCCCAGUUCAUGUCCAGCGCGGGGCCGCCGAGGCCAGCUCCGAGGGGCCCGCGCCGCGAGGGACUCGAAGAUGAAGCUAUGGGAUGUGGCGGCCGUCUGCGUGCUCCUGCUCAGCGCCGUCUCCGCCUCGCCGCUGCCCGCCGGUAAGACGCCUCCCGAGGGGCCCCGUUCAGUGCUAGAGGGGCCUGAAGACGAUCACUCCCUGCCGCCUCCCUAUGCUGUGCAAAGCCACUCUAAUAUGCCAGAGGAUUAUCCAGAUCAAUUUGAUGAUGUAGUGGACUUUAUUCAAGCCACUAUAAAAAGACUAAGGAGGUCACCAGACAGACAAACUCCAAUUUUUUCUAGACGGGAAAGAAAUCGGCAAAAUGCAGCAGUAAACACGGAGAAUUCCCACAGAAAAGGACGAAGAAGUCAAAAGGGCAAAAACCGAGGAUGUGUCUUAACAGAAAUACAUUUAAAUGUGACUGACUUGGAUUUGGGAUACGAAACCAAAGAAGAGCUGAUUUUCCGGUACUGCAGUGGAUCUUGUGAAGCAGCUGAGACUACAUAUGACCAAAUUGUAAAAAAUUUAACAAGGAAGAAAAAGCUGGUCACUGACAAAGUGAGGCAAGCUUGCUGCAGACCCACUGCCUUUGAUGAUGACCUUUCCUUUUUGGAUGAUAAACUGGUGUACCAUAUACUGAAACAACAUUCCGCUAAAAAAUGUGGAUGCGUUUGACGUUUUGUGGAGACUGUUACAAUGUUGCAUUCCUACUAUAAUGCAGAGAAAGGGACCAAGGUUCCCAAGGAAAUGUCUGUUCAGAAUGAGAAAAGAGGACCAAGAAUGCAGAACAGUUGUCAUGGGAGCCUGGUAGGGCAAAAUCUGGCAUAGAGAGCUGGACUAGAUACAAAAAUGGGGGCUUCAAAUUCCUACAGGAAAGCAAAUAAAAAGCAAAGCUCAGGGGUGGAGUUCCAAAAUGGAUGGAUUGAGGUUGCUUUCACCAUCAUCAAGAUUUGGAUCAGUUAGGAAUGUGCUUAAAAACACAACCUCCUAAAUAUUAGGGGUGUGCAAAGUGGGCGGUAUUCCAUUUGGAUUCGGUCCAAUUUGGGGGACAGUUAUUUGAUUCACUGAUUCAGAUCGCUGUCCCAAUUUGAUUUGGCCGAAUCUGAAGAUUCAAUUCCGAUUCAGAAUCAGCAAUUUGGCGAUAGACACAGCUUUUAUUUAUAUAUUCAAAAAUUUCUACAUACCACUAGGUACCAGGAACAGCAUGUGAAUGCUGAGAUGGUGGGGGAAUGGAGCAUCCCAUGGGAGCGCAGGGGGGGGAUCCCUCAUGCUCACUAGGCUGGGGGUGGGGGAGAGCGGUGUCCCCUGCGUGCCCCGCAGUAGACCCAGAAGUGAACUGGAAGUACUUCUAGUCCACUUCUGGAUCUGCCACUGAGCACUCGGGGGACCCUCCAUGCUCCUGUGGGACACUCUAUCUGCCCCACCAUCUCAGCAUUCAUGAGCCACGCCUGGUACCUUGAGGUACAUAGAAAAAAUAUAUAAAGCUGUGUCUAUGGCCAAAUCAUUGAAUCUAUUUGAAGGCUGCUUAUUUGGCAGCUGCCAAAUCUCCUCCAAAUAGAAUCAGUGACCAAAGCUUUGCAAAGCCCUUCUAAAUAUCAUAUUUUGUUCUUAGGUUUUGCAACUAAUCUCAAUAAAAUACAAGGCAACACUUACAGUGAGAGAAAUUAUUAACUAUUCCAAGAUCCACUGUACUGUUGUGUGCUAAGGGGUUACCCCCAAAUGUGUAAGAUAAAUUUUAAUUAUAAAUAUAUAUGUAAGGUAAAUCAGGCAAAUGUCAAAAUUAAUUGGCUAAAAGUUCACCAUGGUAAAUCAACAGUCUCACAGGUGGUUGGUUGUUUUUUUUUUGUUUGUUUUUAUUGGGGGGGGGGGGGGGGUUUCCAUCUCAUUUCUUCAAAACAGCCCAGCAUUGGAUUUAGCUCCUCUGUGUUCAUUUAUGAGAACAAGUUGUGUUUUUAAGUACUUACUCCUAGCAAAGUAAGAGAAAUAUCAAGGUUGCCUACAAAUGCAAACCGUUUUUCUUUUGGUUUACAAAGGACUAAUGUCACUUGCAUAAUUACAUUUCUAUUUGGUCAUUGUGAGUGAGCAAAGACUACUUGAUGCAAUGCAUCCAUUCAGAGACAUAAAUAUACAGAAGAUAUUUAUUAAGAUUUAAGUUAUUGUUAUUUAUUACAGUUUAGUAAUGAGUUUCCUUUACUUAUUUAUUAAAGUUUCUUUGCAAAGGUGCCAAAGUGGAAUGUGUUCACAAGAUACAAAAGACAAUAACAAUGGGGACAAGGGUCCAUGCUUUUAGAAGUAUUAACAGUUAACUUGAAAGCAAAAAAAUCACUUACUUUACCUUUAAGAAAACAAAACAAAACCAAAAUACUGAUUAAAAUCUCAAAAUAUCCAAUGUCUGCAGCCUUUCUUAUUAAAAAUUCUUUUGCAAGUAACUACUAUUAAUACUUGCCUGCAUUAGUAACACUUUACACAUACAAAGGUUGCAGACUCUGGGCCACAAUUAGCAAUUUGUUAGGCAAACUAAUUUAUAUUAAUAUUUAUAUUUAUGGAGUUUUCACACACUUUUGCCAGCCAACCUUCAUAUAGUUAUGAUUGACAAAUGGAGAUUAAUCACAUUUAUCUUUUUAAUUUCAUAUUAUAUUUAUUUAAGCUCUUCCUUCCGUAUUUCCAUAUAGAAAAGGUUAAACCACUUUCAUUAGCUACCUGGAUUUAAUAUAGUCUCAAGGUAAACAAUUUUGCUAAAUAAGCAAAGCUUUCUAUAAUUCUUUGAAACAUCACAGUAUUUUAUCAUAGUAAAAAUAUUCUUUUUUUUUUUUUUAUAUUGCUUUAUCUUGAAGGAGGAUGUGUACUAAGGGGAUUUAAUAUAUAGUCACUAGCACAAGUUAUGAUGCUGGAGGGUUAUUUAUUAAAGAACAGCAGUAAUUACAUUUGAUAUAAUUGACAACUAAAGUGAAGUAUCAACUCCUACAGAAACAACAUCCAAAGAAUCUUCUGAACAAUGAGAUCUGAAUCUCAAAUCUAACCCCUGCAGUGGUACUCCCUGUGUACUCUGUUCCCCUAGAAUGGACAACAAUGACAGAGGUCCCAGCCCAGGAGGAAAAAUACCCAGAAUUCUCAGGGAAAAAAAUCCACGGUCUUGAUCAAAGGUCAAUUUAUUCCUAAAUUUAUAUUUUUUCAUUGAAGACCUAAUCCUGUUGGAUGAUGGUAUGUGGGCACAGCCACAUUCCUCCAUCAUGGAGGCUGUGGUAGUCUGCCACAUGCUAUCAGCUGCUGGAGAAGGUCCCCUACUCCAGCAAACCAAACCACUUCGAGUAAUCUCACUCUAGUCAUUAAGCACGUGUUUCAGUGUACUAAAUCGGGGUCUAACCUCUGUGUUGGACAACAUACACCAAUGACGAUGCUUUGACUGCUGUAACUGGCAUAGUAAAAUCUGGGCUGUGUGUAAAAUCAACACUCAGCAGCACUUCUGGUUAGAUUUAGCUUGGCUUUCAACACAGAAAAUCCAAGGCAUGUUACUACUUGCAGUGGUGCUUCAUUGAUUGCUGACAGCUUGUUGUAAGCAUCUUUUUACAGGGAUAGUAAAAUGGCUGUAGUGGUGGCAAAGUCAUUAUACUUAUAACACAAAAGGGUAAAGUUCGUGAUUUUUUUUUUUUUAUAAGUUACUGAAAACAGGAGUAUGCUUCUUCUCCGGAGGCUUUUACUUCACCUACAGUUUACGUCUCAAUCAUUUGUGUUAAUCAACCAAAGUUCUCUACAGACUUUAUUUUUGUACAAUAUUCAUUUUAUAACUUUUUACAAAAUAAAACUCAUUUCUAUUGUUA